UCCUGUUGGUUCCAGACGCAUCAAACCAGCGAAGAUGAUGGAUGAAGAAGCUACAAAGCGCUACGUUCGGCCCACAGAGGACGGGCCGCACCAGAACCCGGCUCAGAGUAAAUCUCAGGGUCACCAGGAGGAGAGAGAGGUCACCGUUUUGCCACGCAGGAGGACAGACGAGGACGAGAUGAGGACGUUGGACUCGUCUUCGUCCUGCUGCCUCAGACUGAAGGAUCGAUUUCUGCCACCAAUCGGUUUCCUCAACCUGCUGCUCACUAAAGCGUUCCUGCUGGUUCUGCUGUUCGGAACCGUCUGGUCCAUAACGGGUCCAGAGUGUCUUCCUGGAGGGAACCUGUUUGGGAUCGUCAUCCUGUUUGUCUGCUCCGUCCUGGGGGGGAAGCUGUUGGGUUUGGUCCAGCUGCCCUCGCUGCCUCCCUUCCCUCCGCUGCUGGGGAUGCUGCUGGCCGGCCUGCUGCUGCGUAACGUUCCCUACGUCAGCGCCGCCGUCUUCAUCGCCCCCCGCUGGUCCGCGGCUCUGAGGAACGUGGCGCUGUCCGUCAUCCUGACCAGAGCCGGACUGGGCCUCAACCCCUCGGCGCUGCGCCGCCUCAAAGCGGUGUGUGUCCGUGUGGCGGUGGGGCCCUGCGUGCUGGAGGCCUGCGUCGUGGCUCUGGUUUCUCACUUCCUGCUUCACCUGCCCUGGAUCUGGGGCUUCAUCCUGGGCUUCGUUCUGGCCGCUGUGUCUCCGGCGGUCGUUGUUCCUUCAAUGCUGCUGCUGCAGAGGGAAGGAUACGGAGUGGAGAAGGGAAUCCCGACGCUGCUGAUGGCUGCUGGGAGUUUUGAUGACAUCCUGGCCAUCACCGGGUUCUCCACCUGCCUGGGAAUCGCCUUCUCCACGGGUUCCACCUGGAUGAACAUCCUCAAAGGUCUGCUGGAGGUGGUGGGCGGAGUCGCAGCCGGACUGAUCCUGGGUCUGUUCCUGUGCCUCUUCCCCAGCAGCGACCAGGAGGACCUGGUGCUGCGGCGGACGCUCCUGCUGGUGGGGCUCUCCGUGUUCUCCGUCUUCUUCAGCCAUGUCGUUGGCUUCGCCGGCGCCGGCGGCCUCUGUACGCUGGUUCUGUCCUUCCUGGCCGCUCUGGGCUGGAAAACGGACAAGGCGCCGGUGGCGGCCAUGGUCGGCCGCUGCUGGGACGUUUUCCAGCCGCUCCUGUUCGGUCUGAUUGGAGCUGAGAUCACCGUCACGUCGCUGAACCCCGGCACUGUGGGGAUGGGCGUGGCCUGCAUCCUGAUUGGUCUGCUGGUGCGUCUUCUCGUCACCUUCCUGUUGGUCCAUCUGGGAGGUUUCACCCUGAAGGAGAAACUCUUCAUCGCCGUGGCCUGGCUGCCUAAAGCCACCGUUCAGGCGGCGAUCGGCUCCAAGGCGUUGGACCUGGCGCGGGACGAAGGCGAUGAGACUUUGAUCCAGUUUGGUCUGGACGUGCUAACGCUAGCGGUGCUAGCUAUCCUGAUCACGGCUCCCAUCGGGGCGCUGGGCAUUGGACUGGCUGGGCCGCGCCUCCUGGCCCGACAGGUCAAAGGUGAGACGGAGAGAGAAGCCCCGCCCACCAGCCCCGACGCACCUGCUGAGGAAAAGAGUCACGUGAUCAAUGAGAGCAAAGUGUGACGGUUCUGACCGGUCGGACCGAUCAGAACCAGCCCAGUUCUCCCAGCAGGACAAACCCAAACAGCUGGUUCCUGAACGUUGGGAUGAAGUUUUGACAUAUUAGAAAAAACAGAAGCAGAAACAAAAUGGCUGAAAAUGAAAAGCGUCUUCAUUUCCUGGAUGUUUUAUUGUUUUACAUAAAGAUUUAUUCUGCUGUCAGUAAAAAGUUACUAAUAGUUUGAGCAUUUUUACUGGUUAUUAUUGGAUGUUUUAACUUUAUUAUUUCUGCUGGGGAUAGAAAUGAACUUUGUUACAGUUUGAUGUUUUAUUGUGGCGGGAACUACAGGAAGUGGAGUCGCUCUGCGGUCAGGCUGAGGCUGAAGCUGCAGACGUCUACAGGAACCGGUUCUGAGUCAGAGCCGCUCCGUCCACCAGAACAACAGCUCCUCAUUUAAAACAGAACCGGGCCAAACUGGUACCAUGUUCAGGAAACCAGGCAGGAGGUCCGGGACUGGCUGGAGGAGCAGGUUGUAACUUUAGAUCCAAAUAAAUCUGAUUUAAUGCAACCUUAUCUCACCAACAUGAACUCAGGUUAGUACAGGAAAUCCUGCAGGUCCAGAUGUUUGGAGGUCCAGAUGUUUAGAGGUCCAGAUGUUUAGAGGUCCAGAUGUUUAGAGGUCCAGAUGUUUAGAGGUCCAGAUGUUUGGACCUGCAGUUCUGUGCCUCAGUCUGCACGGGCUGGUUCCACCAGAACCGGCUCCUCCUAACAAGUUCUGUGUGUUUCUGUUCUUGUAACCAGAACUGGACCUUUUGAUGCUGCAGCAAUAAAAACUGAAUUUAAUCUAAUCUGACCAGUUAUUUUUUACAGUGCAACAUCUUUUAAUCUGAUCUGUUUAAUGUUAAAUUAAACAGAUUAUUAAACUGUUCAUUUAUUAUUCAUAAGUGAACAGAAACGAUGCGCUAACUCUCCGUCCUGUUGCCAUAGCAACCGUCCUGUUGCUAAAACCUGGAAAACAUUUAGAAAACUGUCUGAUGAAACAAACUGCUGAUCCAGCUGGAAAUGGACCAAUCAGAGCUGGACAGUUUCUAACACACCUGCAGCUCCUGCAGGUUUCCAUGGCGACGGCUAACUGACAAUCCAACAUGGCUGCCAUGUCAGACAGGAAGUCUCGUCUCUCUGGUCCCCUGAGGACAGGAAGAGACGAGUUCAGACUCCAGAUCAGAUCAGGUCCAUCAGAUUUUCCACAGCGACGUUUCAGAA